AUGCGGUCGCCCAGCGCGAGGGGGAAGUCGGCGGCGACCGGCCCUGGCAAGCGCGAGGGGGAAUUGUGGCUAUUCUCUCUUCCCCGUGCGCCCUUUGCGAUGUGCAUCCUCUCCCGAGCGGCCGGUCUCGCCAACACCUCGUCCCUGCUCUCCCCUACGCGGCCAAGCCCGAGCAACCGCUGCACAUCGCCAGCAGCGCUGCUGGUGCCGCGGCGGCCGGACGAGGUGCGGCGCCUCGUCAGGCUCACAUUCGUGCGCCCGCCACUCAUCAUGCCGUCCUGCUUCCUCUGGGACUACAUUAAGGUUCUACGUUGCUGCUGCAGGCUAUUGUUGCGAUUGUUUCUUUGGCGCAAACCAUUGUCACAGCUCAGGCGGAUGCAACGAGCAAUAAGAAGAAUGUCUGAAUAA